AACCAGACAAUUUAUACCAAAUACGUGCUCAACUUCACUCUAGUGCAAAUUCCCGUUGCGCAAAUGAGACAAGCUUGCAUAGACCCGUUGAGAAGUCGGCAGACUCAAUUGGCCUCAAUUGCUAGGUUCUCAAUAUGCCCAGCUCGUCCGAUACAUUAUCUGCCCGAGCGUAUGGUGGUUUGCACACGUUCCGCCGCGGAGGAAUGCGAGCCUCAACCUGAAGCGUCGACGAGCGCACCCUCUGGCGACGGGCAGCUUAGGCUGCGGCGUCGAUUUGUACAGCGGCCGUCAGUGUCGAAAGAAAUAUCGACUGCAACGCAGCCCGAAAUUGUCGAGCCCACGGCGCAGCAAGCGGCGUCAAGCAGCAGCAAGCCUGCCCAGCCCAGCACCUCAUAUCAUACGGAUCCAGAUGUCGACAGAGAGAGAUAUGAAAGGAUAGUAUUGGACGAAAGCAGCCCGCUCUACCAGCCUGCACUAACGGACGAGGAUUUAGAGCAGGACCCGCCGGGACAUCGAUCCGGCUACGUCGCGGUCAUCGGCAAGCCUAACGCUGGGAAGUCUACUCUCAUCAACGCGCUAGUUGGUCAAAAACUGUCUAUAGUGACCUACAAGCCGCAGACCACACGCCAUCGCAUCAUGGGCAUCGCCUCCGACAAAGACUAUCAGAUGAUCCUCUUCGAUACUCCGGGCGUCAUCGAGCGCAAACGCAACAAGCUCGAGGAGCGCAUGAUGGCGGCAGUCGUGCAUUCCAUCAGGGAGGCUGAAGCCAUCAUCGCUGUCGUCGAUGUCGCUGACCAGCCAAAGGAGGCCCUGCAAAUGUUCCAGCCAGGCGAGAACUGGACCGGGCCUCCCAUGGCCGUUCUGCUGAACAAGGCGGACCUGCUGAGCGAGUCGGAGGUGGAGGAACUGCGCGCCUGGUACAAGGAGAAUUGCCGAGUGGAGGAGGUGUUUGUGGGCAGCGCGGAGCGGCGGGAGGGGCUGGAGGAGCUGCGCGGCUGGGCGGUGUCGCGGCUGCCCGAGGGGCCCACCCUGUACCCCAAGGACAUCGUUUCGGAGCAGCCGGAGCGGUUCUUCGUGUCGGAGUGUGUUCGCGAGCAGAUCUUCCUGCAGUGUGAGCAGGAGGUGCCGUACUGCACACAGGUGCUGAUUAAGGAGUUCGCGGAGCGGCGGCGCGGAUCCAAGGACUUUGUAGCGGCGGAGAUCGUGGUGGAGAAGGAGAGCCAGAAGGGAAUUCUAAUCGGCGCGGGAGGCAUGCGGCUGCGAUCCAUCGGCGCGGCGGCGCGGCAGGAGAUCGAGACGUUCCUGGGGCGGGGUGUGUACCUGGAACUGUCUGUGCAGGUUGCCAAGGACUGGCGGGACAACAAGGAGGCUCUCAACAAGUACGGCUAUUUUAACCCCAUGAUCAUCUAGACGUGUGCUCAGUACGACAUGUGAUCUAGGGAGUAACGUUGCGCCCGAUGCUCUCGCCUAAUGGUGAUGCUAGGAUGCCGUACUUUACAAUGAGACGAGCCUGGACGAGCAGUAAAAAGGAAGCACCAUCGGGAUGCGCUAGCGGCCGACGCUAGCCUGGCAGUUGUACGGAAACCAACCCGUACAAGCACGGCGAGGCAGGACGUUCCAACUGCCAUACGUUCAUGUAGCGCCAGGGCUUCCCCGGGUUCCAGGGCUUCCUUUCUGUUGCGCCAGACUACCGGUAUACUGGUCGUGUGUGGCGUACAGGGUGUGGUGUAUACGGCGGUUGGCAUCGGCGCGGUGGCCUUGCACGAUGGUGCAUGUGGUGCAAGUAAUGUGGAUACCCUGCUGAGUAUUGACGCCGAACCUUGUUCGAACAUGGGAAAACAGUUAGGGUAUCAUUCGGACGCUGUUGGGAUUUUCGUACAUAUGCUCGUUUUGUACCCCAGCGUCCGUGCACACCUACUUGGAUGUAGGCUUGUAAAUGAAAAUGCAUUGUGCUUUCCCAACAAAUACCUUAUCGAAC